GCCGCGGGCGGUCACGUGGCGGCGCAGUCCCAUGACCCCGCGCGCGGCGGCGCGGCGCGGCGCGGCCCGGCGAUGCUGUCCCGGCUGCUGCGCGAGCACCAGGCCAGGCAGAGCGAGCGCAGGGAGCAGCAAGAGCGGAGACGGCGAGAGGCCAUUGCUGCAGCCACGUGCCUGACCGAGGCCCUGACGGAUCACCUGAACGUCGGGGUGGCCCAAGCCUACGUGAACCAGAGGAAGCUGGACCAUGAGGUGAAGACGCUGCAGAUCCAAGCUGCCCAGUUCGCCAAGCAGACGGGCCAGUGGAUCAGCAUGGUGGAGAACUUCAACCAGGCGCUCAAGGAGAUCGGCGACGUGGAGAACUGGGCGCGCAGCAUCGAGCUGGACAUGCGGACCAUCGCCACCGCCCUGGAGUACGUCUACAAGGGGCAGCUGCAGCCCUCCAGCUCCUGAGCCCCCGCCCGGCCGGAGCCCCCGCCUGGCCGCCAUGCUGAGCCGCCCGCAGGACACCCCUCGCCUGCUGUGCCCGCCCGGCGGGAACGGGCAGCGGAGUGCCCCCUCGCCUGGGCCGCACCCAUUGCCCGUGUGCCGGCCCUCCAGUCUCUGAGCGUCACCCCGGGGGAGAGGCCCCGUCCUGCCAGCCCGCGGGGGGGACCCCGGCCGCAGGGGCUCUGCUCUGACCCUGGGGGCUGCUGGGCCCUCUGGUGCCCUGCCACAGGGGGAAGCCGUUGGGUGGAGGCCCUGGAGCCUCUCACUGGGCUGCAGGUCGCCUGCCCCUGUGCUGAGCGGCUUGCAGCAGGAGGCUUGGGCAGAGGGUGGCUGGCUCGGGGGGUGGGGGGUGAGAUCCUGUCCCCACCCCGGGGUGGUGCUGCAGGGCGGCUUCGCUGGGGAAUGGAAUAAAAUGCAUCAGUUAAGCCGGA